AUGGCCCGGAAGAUCUUUGUGGGCUCGCUUCCAUCCGCCGUCACUGAAGAUCUGCUCAGAUCGGAGUUCGAUCGAUUUGGACGAAUCGAUGAGGUGUUCAUCAAGGAGGGCUGCCCUGUGGGCAAGCAGUGGGCCUUCGUCACCUUUGCCUCCGCGGACGCAGCGGCAGCUGCGAAGGAGGCAUGUGACCGACUGCUGAGAUUACCAGGUGCGGAGCGUGCAUGCGACGUGAUGCUGGCAAAGAAUCAAGGCAGCACCGGGGCUGCUGAUGCUGGCUCUUCAGCUCCGCGGAAGAUCUUUGUGGGAUCUCUUCCCGAUGGGAUCCAGGAGGAAGCCCUGAGGCUCGAGUUUUCAAAGUAUGGCAACAUCGAGGACCUUUUUCUGAAGCCUGGAUGCGAACCCGGGCGACAGUGGGCGUUUGUAACCUUUGAUUCGCCCAAUGCUGCCGCGCAUGCCCAGGAGGCGAGCAAUGGCAGGCUCCAUUUCGAAGGUGCCGCACGACCGUGCGAGGUAACGCUGGCUCGGAACCAGGGCAUGUUCGGCGCCGGCGCUCUGCAGCAAGCGGCACCAGCGGCGAAGAUGCCGAUAGACACGGGCCCAAAGAAGGUUUUUGUCGGCACUUUGCCUGACUCUGUCGACGAAAACAUCCUCACCGAAGAGUUCUCCAACUACGGCGUUGUCACGGACGUGUUCCUGAAGCCAGGAUGCGAGCCAGGUCGCAAGUGGGGUUUCAUUACAUUUUCAACCUCAGAGGAGGCGAAGCAUGCCAAGGCAAGCUGCGACCGCGUGCUGAUGCUCCCAGGCGCCGAGAGGCCGUGCGAGGUGACCAUGGCCAAGCAUCAGGGAAUGUACGGCCAGGAUUCACUGGACGGAGGAGGUGCCCCGUACAUCGGCGGCGGCAACUACAACAGUGGUGGCUUUGGCAGUUCCUACAAUGCUCAUGGCAGCACCCCUUAUGGGGGUAGCUUUGGUGGGCCCACUGGAGGUAGCAGCUUGGGCAAUCACAGGAGUUUCAGCACGGGGGGCGGCUACAGUGGCGGCGGAAGCCACAGCAGCACUCCUUUCAGAAGAGCCACCGCACCUCCCAUCGGAGGCGCAGGCUCCGGCUUUGCUCCGCCGGGAGGUGGACUCGCCGCCGGCGGUCCUUGCAAGGUCUUCGUCGGUUCUUUGCCCGAUGGCAUCUCCGAUAGAACCCUGCGUAGAGAGUUCGGAAGGUAUGGCGAGGUUACCGAUGUCUUCAUAAAGCCUGGCUGCGAACCAGGCAGGCAAUGGGCCUUCGUGACGUUUGCUUCUGCCGGCGAGGCACAGCAGGCCAAAGAGGCGACCGAUCGGCAGCUGACCCUUCCUGGCGCCGAUAAAGCCUGCGAGGUCAUGAUGGCAAAGCAUCAAGGCCUUUUCGGUCAGGCACCGCUCAGCUCGUUCGGCCAGAACAUGAACAGCCCUAGCCCUGCGCAACCACCGCCACCCCGAUCACCGCCGCCGCCUCACAUGACGCCUUGGAGGACCUACAAGACACAGUCCGGACUGCCGUAUUACCACAAUACGCAGACAGGGCAGACUGUGUGGGAAUGUCCCACAGAGUUCGUGCCACCUCCUGGCAAUGCGCAUGCGGCAGGGGACGGAGGUGGACAAGGAUCGCGCUACUCUCCGUACUGA